CCGUUAUCCCGGGACGAAAGCGGCCGGGGACGGGGAGAGGCGCUGCUGCUGCGAAGGAAGGCCAUGUUCCCGGCUUCGGAGGGCGCUCCUCCGGAGCCCCUCGGUUCCAUGGAAGAGACGGAGGCGGCGGCGGAGGCAGAGGCGGAGGAGGAUCUGGCCCGGUGCUCGAAGGAGGAGCUGGUGCUGCGUCUCCGCCGCGAAGAGGCGCAGCGUCUGUCGGCCUUGGUGCAGCGCGGGAAGCUGAUGCAAGGCGUCAACCUGGAGCUCCAGGCGCACCUCCGCGAAGUGCGGGAGCUGAAGGCGCUGAACGGGCGGCUGCAGGCCGAGAACCGGGAGCUGCGCGAGCUCUGCCUCUUCCUGGACCAGGAGCGCCUCCGCGACCAGAGCCUGGCCCUCCAGUGGAGGCGCUUCGGCACCGGCGCCGCCAGGCAGCUCCGGCUGCAGGUGGGGCUCUGCCUGGGCAAGAUCCGCGCCCUCGAGGAGCUCCAGGGCAGCCUGGCCAGGGACAACCGAGACCUCCAGCGCCUCUGCCUCGCCCUCCGGGAGGAGCAAGCAGACCGGGCCCCGGAGGCGGAGGCGGCGCCCGGGGACAGGGACCUCGGCGACGGCAGCUCCAGCACCGGGAGCCUGGCCAGCCCCGACCAGGGACACGGACACGGCUGCCCCGAAGGGAGCCCCAAGGAAGACUCCCAGGAGGAGGAGGAGGAAGGAGGAGGAGGAGAAGGGCCCUGAGGCACCA